AUGUUCAGAAACAACUACGACAACGACUCGGUUACCUUCUCGCCCCAGGGCCGAAUAUUCCAGAUCGAGUAUGCUGCUGAGGCAGUCAAGCAAGGUUCAGUCGUCGUCGGAAUCGCCAGCAAGACUCAUGCAGUGCUCUGCGCCGUCAAGCGCAACGCCGAGGAGCUCUCGUCGUACCAGAAGAAGCUCUUUACCAUUGACGAACACGCCGGUAUCGCCAUCGCCGGUCUCACCUCUGACGCCCGCGUCCUCUCCAACUUUAUGAAGCAGCAGUGCCUAGGCCACCGACUCACCUACGGCCGCGCCAUCCCUCUCCGCUCCCUCGUCGACAUGAUUGGUGAGAAGGCCCAGAUGAACACCCAGAUGUACGGAAAGCGACCGUACGGCGUUGGCCUACUCGUCGCUGGCGUUGACGAGCGUGGACCCCACCUGUUCGAGUUCCAGCCCUCGGGCAUGACAGAGGAGAUGCUCGCCUUCGCCAUUGGCGCGCGCAGCCAGAUGGCCCGGACAUACCUUGAGCGCAACAUCGAUGAAUUUGCCGACUGUUCGAGAGAGGAUCUGAUCAAGCAUGGGCUCAAGGCUCUUAAGGAGAGUCUGGUGCAGGACAAGGAGCUGACGGUGGAGAACACAUCAGUCGGCGUGGUGGGUAUCAACACAGUGGACGGAAAGAAGAAGGUCGAGCCAUUCAAGCUGUACGACGGAUUCGAGGUGCAGCCAUGGAUCGAGAGCGUUGGCGAAAGCCAAGGCGGCGGAGAGGAGGGCGAGGGCGAGGGUGAGGGUAUGGAGGUUGACAGCUAG